ACGUUGUGGAGGCCAGUCUCGCAGCAACAGCGGCGCGCACCGGCCGCAUCCAAAACGUUUAUAUUAUUUUACAUUACGUGUUUCAUUUCGCGUAGACUUUUGGACAGCGGUAGUAUGCGGCGCGGUAGUGCAAAAAAUUGUGACUUUGGACAUUAAAAAAAAAAUGGAACACCGUGACUUUUUCGACAAAAACAAGAUUCAUUUUUACCGGCAAAAAAAUUUUUCAUAACCGCAACUUUACGCAGUUCAAAGUAGAUUUUUUUUUACUGGUCUCUUCAAGUUUUUGUUUUGCACUUACAAACACACUAAUGCAGUUUAACAAGUUUGAGUUUACGUACGUUUUGUUUUGUUUGAAACUGUAACGAAUAGGGAACAAACUGUAUUUGCGACAGACGGAAGGGAAGAGAAGAGAAGAUGGCGCUAGCUUCCUCGGUCAGCCUGUACUACUCUAUAGUGCAGCGCGCUGCUCGCCACUACUUAGAAGAUUAUUGUCAUACAGACACGACAACGCCGUAUGUCCUGUACAAAGAUGGCGUGGAGCGCGCGCCGCCGGGCACGCAGUGGGGCGGCGGAGUUCUCGACGGCGGCUACCAGCCCAUGCAGCACCAGAGCCCCGGCGGGCCCUCGCCGCAGCCCGAGCCCCAGCUCGCGUCGCCGGCGCCCUCACCCUACCCGCCCGCGCCGCCGCCUCCCGACCAAGCCGCGGUCGCAGAGGACGCCGCUCAGCAGCUCGCUCAACAACAGGCUCAGCAACAAGCGCAACAGCAGCAACAGCAACAACAGCAGCAGCAACAACAACAACAAACUUCUCCCGAACACAUGCAAGUGGAGCAACAGCUCCAAAGCCAACCACAGCCGCAACCUCCUACUCAGGACCAUCUCGACCGAACGCCAUGCUUCGUCCCGCAGCCGGACCUGCAGCAACAAUAUACGCCGUACUUUAAAGAGGCCAGGCCAGCCAGUCACAUGCUCGGCACCGGUGGCUUCCCGCUCCACUACCUGAAACAGAACGGUGGUGUGCUAUCCCUGGAAGGGCCGCUAGACCAGUACGCGGCGCCUGACCUGCGUCACUUGCCAGACAUCGUGCAGCCCGAACAACCAAAGCCGCGGAAGCACAACCCAAACUCGGAGCUGCGCCUUUUCAAGUGCCUGACGUGCGGCAAAGACUUCAAACAGAAGUCGACGCUGCUGCAGCAUGAGCGGAUCCACACGGACUCGCGGCCGUACGGGUGUCCGGAGUGCGGCAAGCGGUUCCGGCAGCAGUCGCACCUGACGCAGCACCUGCGCAUCCACGCGAACGAGAAGCCCUACGCGUGCGUGUACUGCCCGCGCUCGUUCCGGCAGCGCGCCAUCCUCAACCAGCACCUGCGCAUCCAUUCCGGUGAGAAGCCAUAUACGUGCGGCGAGUGCGGCAAACAUUUCCGCCAGAAGGCCAUCCUGAACCAGCACGUCCGCACACACCAAGAUGUUUCACCACAUCUCAUCUUUAAGAACGGGACGACGCCAACCUUGUGGCCUCAGGACGUGCCGUUCCCUGCCGAUGAUAACAAGGAAGAGAUCCAAUCGACGUUCGGCGACGCGGACGGACAGAAUGGCGACCCCCGCGGUUCCUGCUUCUCACCAGGUGAUACGGCGCAGUACCCUGCUUACUUCAAAGAUACGAAAGGUCUGAACCACUCAGUCUUCAGCUCGGGUCUUUCUCUGCAAUAUUUGAAAGGCGGCAAGUUACCAGAUGUACUUGGAGGGCGAGCGAUGCCCUUGUACGUGCGCUGCCCGAUCUGCCAAAAGGAGUUCAAACAGAAGUCCACUCUGCUACAGCAUGGGUGCAUUCACAUAGAGUCACGUCCAUAUCCUUGUCCCGAGUGCGGCAAGCGCUUCCGACAGCAGUCUCACCUGACGCAACACCUGCGCAUCCACACCAAUGAAAAACCGUACGGCUGUGUUUACUGUCCACGAUUUUUCCGUCAGCGAACCAUCCUCAACCAGCAUUUGCGCAUUCACACUGGCGAGAAGCCUUACAAGUGUACCCAGUGCGGCAAGGACUUCAGGCAGAAGGCCAUCCUCGAUCAGCACACGCGGACGCACCAGGGCGACCGGCCCUUCUGCUGCCCCAUGCCCAACUGCCGGCGGCGGUUCGCCACGGAGCCCGAGGUGAAGAAGCACAUCGACAACCACAUGAACCCGCACGCCGCCAAGGCGCGUCGAGCUGACGCCGCCAAGACCCCGCGGCCGCUGCCGCCCGCCGCCGCCGUGGUCAAGCCCGAGCUGUACUUCCCGCAGUGCUACGCGCCGCCCUUCCAGCAGUUCCCGGGGUCGGGCGCGGAGUUCAAGCCGGCCGUGGGGCCGGGCGCGCCGGUGGCGUGCCUGCCGGCGCAGUGACCCGCGCCGCCGCCGCGGUGGCACCCGGCGCCGUCGCACGCGCACCACGACCUGUACGCCGCCGACCGCCUCUACAACUGAGCCGGCGGCCCCUGUAUACGUGUCGCGCCCGCGCGGCAACCAGUAGUCGAUGUAUCAGUCUCCGGAUCGCUGUAAAACGAGCUUCGAUCUGUAAAUAACAUCCUGUUUAUACUGUAACGGGAGGUCUGUCGCGAUGUACAGUUCAAACGUUCAUCACGUGUAGUGUUACCGUCGAAGAAGCGAGUACAGUUAGCGUUUUUGCCCCGUAAUCGUUAAGUUACCACGUAAGAGUUAGUUUUCUCGGUGAUUCUUGAUUCUGCUGAAAAAAGUUCGCAGACGCUCCGAGGGGAUCUAGCCAGGAGAUUAGGAUUUAAAACACUUCGUUGAAAUCUAAAAAUUAAGAAUUGAUCUUUUACCACAUAACAAUAUUUCGCGAUGAAUGCUUCCGGCGCGACUUUGUGCCUAAUUGUAAUAAAUAUACAUAUUUUGUAGACGUAUUAAGUUAAUUUUAUUUACGAGUAUUAAGAGAUAAAAUCUGGCAAAUAAAUGGGAUUUUAUACGGGAUUCCAUGAUGCUCAAAAUAUGUUAAAGUAACGAUAAAGAAUGAUAUGAAUUUAUGAGAUAGCUGUAAACAAAGUUGGGACGCAAGUCUAACAGGGGAGAUACGAACAUCGUCGAAGUAAACAAUCAUGAAUGCAAACCAAAAACGUAGGUUACCUUUUGCCAUCAACAUAAUACUUUGUUAGUGAGACAAGGUUCUGUUCCGUUAACGAACGCAUUUACUCUUAAUUAACACGUGAGAUUACAGACAUGUCUUCGUAACACUAUAGGUGCCAAAUAGUGUAGUGAUUUUUAAAUUUUUUCUACCAGCUUGUAUUAUAGUUGGGCUAGUUUAGGUUGUUACCAGUUUUUUCAACGAUGUGACAAAAUGAGAUGCAUUUAAGAGGAAAAGGUCGGACUGAGAGAGGACUGUGAUAGCUAGGUAGGUUAGGUCUAUUUCGCUCAUUUUAGCGUUAAAUCUUCGUGUGCGACGUGAUCGAGUAACCGUUGCGGGCUCAAUGUAUGUUUGGAACUUUUUUUAUUCUGAAUUUUUAUUUGAAUGUGAGUCGAGUCUAUAUCGAAAUCAAUUAUGUUAAAUUAUGUUCCUAAAUUGUAAUUAUCUAAACGUUUUUGUUCGGAGUCCGGCUAAUGGCCGGCCCGGCGACUUCUUUUGCUUGACUGAUUUGAUAACAUUAUUACGAUGAGUGAGAUUAGUAAAAUUUACCAAUUAGGGAACGUGUGAUUACGCAAAGUGCUUUGUUGUAGUUGGAUCCAAGGGACGGAGGGUACGCCAGAGUAAAUCUUAUUUCUAAUUUAGCUUAGACUAUCGAUUUUUCGAAUUACCAAGCAAUUCGAUCAUUCAUCGCGAAAUAACUUAGAAUUUAGGAAGAAUAAAAAUAUUAUAUGAAUUUGUGACACUGUUGGAGUAUUCUGGUGGCGGGAUUGAGAGUGUCCACUUGCAAACACAAGUUAGAAGUUAGCUCAGACAGACCCACACUGUGUGACAGACAGAUAUAUCUAAUGUAUCUGCUUGAUUGAAUUUCAUAAACAAACGCGUCACAAGCGAGUCUCACAGACUAUAAACUACGCGGCCGCGCCAGGAUAUUCCAACAAACUUUUUAACGUUUUAAUAUCUCUGUUUGUAUGUAUAGACCACUUAUAUAGCUUAUUUUACUAUAUUAUUGUGAUGGUUUCGUUUUCCUACCGCAUAAUAUGAACUGUUAAUUAACUAAUAGGUGUAAUAGUAAGGUGGAAUGUGGGAGUCACAUAUGAUACCAUUUUAUUAUUUGUCACUAGCAAGUGAUCGAUGCAAUAUUAUUAUUUAGUGGGUUUAUUGUGUGUUGAUUUUACGACGAAUUUAUCGCAUUGGGCAAUUAUGAAAAUUUAUCGGUUGUUAGUUGUGAACGUCGGCGCAGGCGCACGCUCUGUCAAUCUGUACCAGUGAUCUGCGGAACUGUGUUAACGAACCAAAUAAUGUUGUAUACGAAACCAAUCGAUUCCGAAUCGAGUAAUACGCACAUGCUAGCUUUAGAUUGUACCCGUCGAUUAACGUUCCGAGUGGAGCAACUUGAGCCGCGUUCACAGCUGGCGCCACCAGUAGCAUUUUAUUUUCCAUUUUGAUUUUCCUAUCAAACUUUCGGAGGUUUACAAUUGAAAAAAACAUCGUUAUCGAAGAAAAUUAGAAACAUUUAUCUUCCGUGAGUAAAGUUUUCCACAUCGUUGACGUGUGAUCCUCUGUCGGGGACGCGCCGCCGCCGCCCGCCACUCCACACAAUAGCCUAAGAUUCCGUUCAGUUAUAGUUUUACACAACACAAGCAGCCUUAUACAAUAAUAGUAGAUAAGUAUUUUUAUACAAUAAACGAUAUAUUUGUUCCACGGGGCGGGGGUGGCGCGGCGACCCCAGUACAAAGUUUGAAUACAAACAUACAACACAGUGCCAUAGCCGAGAUAUAACCUCAGAUUUAUACUUAUUAGAUUUUUAUACCGAUACAAAUGGAUUUAAUUUUUAAAUAUAAAACAAGAAGUGAUUAAGUAUACAGAGAUUACAGAUGAUAUUUUAUACAUUUAUUACAUACAAUAUUAUUAAAAAGGUAAAUGUGAAAUAGUCUUAAAGUUAGUGUGGUACUCGCGACGUGCGCAGUACUAAGUAAAUAUCGUAACUUACGAGUUGUGGAAAGUUGAUACGAAUCAAACGGUUAUCCAUUUUGCACAACUUUAUAAUAUCUGUCUUCUAAUGAAUGUUGGUUUUUCACGUUUUAUUUUCCACUUACUAUAAUACUUACAUUCAGUGUGGUUAUUGUAAAUACAUAUCAUUGGUAAUUUUUGAGGCAGUGUUGCAACGCAUGACUUGUUUGGUUUUUAUUGAAACCGUACAGUUGCAGACAAAAGAUGUAAGCCAAACGAGUUGAGGUAAACCAUCGGGUUCGACGGAGACGCGGGAUGUAGUCACAGUUCGCAGGAACGAUAUCUAUCACUACCAGGCUGUUCUGUUUGUAUUGCUCACUGUUUUGUUAAGUUUUGCUCAAUUACACGUGUAUGUAUACCUAUAACGUUAAUUUUAUUAGUUUUUUAUCGUGUACUAGAUUUUUGUAAAAUAUUUUUUUUGAGAGCACGGUUUUGCUUUCUUAUGAAACUAUUUUUAAGUGCUGAAAAAGUAUGGUUGUCGUCAGACGGCCCAGGUUUUAAUGAAAUUAAUUUAAAUUGGCAAAUCUUGUAGUUCACAAUAUGUAAUUCAUUGUAAACAGUAUGAUGCCGUAUAUAAACGUGCCGUCCAGUUCUGAUCGGAUACAGUGCAGUGUCCGCGCUAUUCAAGGAUUAUGUUCCCCGAGGAUUCAUUUAAUCACAUUAAUUAGGUUUGAAGCAUGUUCCUAACCUUUAAUAAUACGUAAUAUUUAUUUAUGAAUAUCUACAAUGUCAUUUCUUACCGACUACCCGUAGGUUUAGAGGUAGAAUCUGUAAUCAUUUUGCCAAUUCUUGUCUAACAAAGUUUUCCUUCAAUGGAAUUAAAUUCCAGCACACGUUUAUAUCCACAUAGCGUCUUGGAGUAUAUUAUAAACUUCGAUAGCAAACUAAUGCAAUUUUACCAAUACUUAAGCGAAAAUAAUCUUCUUCGUAUUUAACGCAGUAUCAAUACGCCUACUUAAUUUUGUAUAUUUUUAAGUUGUUAAAAAUAUUAAAAGGAGAGAAUAAGAUUGCAUUGUAAGCUAUACUUUGCAUAUAACAUAUUAAUUAACAGAAUAACGUCAAUUGUAUGAAAUACAAUGUCAGAGCAAUGAGAGUGAAACUGGACCAUUGCUAACUGCGAAACGCUAAUUAGUUAAGUAACUACAUCCGAAACAUGACAGUUUUAACUGAUUCCUUUGUUUAAUGAAUGCAUUUAAUUGUGAUCUCAUUUUGAAAAUUUUCUUACAUAUAAGAUAUUGGCGGAUGAAAGUCGACCAUCAGUUCAGUUUCCCAAAAACUGGGAAUUAUUUAAAAAAUCACAUAUCCACAUGCUUAGUAAUUUUAAAUUUGCAUGAAGCAAUAUAUUGUAAGUUAUUGUGUACUCGACAUUACCAUUUAUGUUUGUGUGAAACAGAGCCAAGUUCCCACAUUUGGAUAGUAUACCUAGAUUAUGGUUUGGUCGCAAAUAAAAAUCAGUAUCUGUAUGGAACCUACAUAAAUAUUAUAUCAGGAAUGUUUAUGUCAAUGCAUGUUAAAUGAGCUUAGUGUAACGAUUUAGUUUCAUAGACAAGUUGGCUACGAAUUAUUUAUACGUCUUCCAUUUUCAAUGUAGUUAUACUACACACGACGUUCAGUAAUUUGUGUCACUACUUAUUUAGUUUCUCGUAAAUUUCGCUUCACACGGUGGAACAACACGCUGUUUCACCGUGUGAAAUCGACCUUAAGUGUUAAUUGCAUAAUUUGUAUAGUUUAAAAACAUAAAAUCGUAUAUACUGCAGAUAGUGCAGCUCCAGUGCAAUACACUUGAUUUUUGGCGAUAUUAUUGUAUAAUUUAUUUUAUAAAUGACUUAUUUUAAAAAUAGUUGUUAGUGUUAAUAAAAUAAUUGGUAGCCAACAUAAAAAUGGCCUAUAAUAAUUUCAUAAACUUAGUAUACACAUAUGAUUGUACCCACUGCCACUCGCCAACCGCUGUCGGAAAUAAUAAGGAUACAAAGUAAUAAUUUUUUAUCACAAUAGAGACUUGUUGAAACAGUUCCACAGUAAAAUAAGUGUUGUUGAAUUUUUUAAUAAAAUAUGGACAUAUUUAGAUUAAUGAUCUUGUAGUCUGGAUUGAGUUUUUUACAGAUUUUAUUGAAUGCAACGUUUUCGUGUAUGACAAUGAUGAAGUGACGUCGCCUAUUCAGCUUAUUUUUGCUACAAUACUUAUUUUAAGCCAUACAAUAACAGUUUUAAAUAUAGUACAAUACAUAUACAGAAUAUACAAUUAUAUACAAUAGACAUAUACAAUAAAGCGGUGAUAUUAUACAUAUUUUAUUUAAGAAGCGUUUUAGGCGACGUACCUUGAGACAUAACUUGGUUUUAUUCAUGGGUGCUGUUAUAUCAUUAAUUGUACAUAUUUAUUGUAAUAUACAAUAGACUGGUAAUUUUACACUGUUGUUAGGUUUCUACAGAGGUAUCACCUGAGGCUGUUCCAUUACUGAUUAACUAACUAAUGUUUUCUUAGUCAAACAUGUUAUUAACGUGAACACAUCCUCUCGAGCCGUGGUUAGAUAACUAUAUUUUUAUGUUGCGGUAACUUUAUAGAAGUAGAAAGGUGAUCGGUUAUAGAAGCAGACAUAAAUACAGAUAAUAUAAUGAAAGAUGGCGUCAGUAAUCAGUAAACGGCAACCUCAGUCCAUAUGUUACAAUAGAGUAUAUUUUCUUACAUGCCUACAGAGACGGAAAUAGUAGAUACUAUAUGAAAUUCAUUUUAGACAAUCCCAGAAUACAAGAUCGAACUUUUUACACACAACAGUUGAGAACAUCACUUCAGUUAUUUUACAUAUAGCAUUAUUACAAUAUUUUAUGU